CCCUGCUUGCUUAAAGCUUCGCCGCCAUCGCAGCCGUUUACACGCUUGUAGGGUGGGGAAAGUAGCGACAAAAUGGCAACUCCAGGACAGAAGGAGAGAGAGGCCGAGCUUCACUCUGUCCUCAGAGCUGCGAACCUGUUAGACUACUACCCUAGCUUCCUCGAACAAGGAGGCGACGAUGUACAACAGUUCUGCGAUGCGAGCGAAGAUGAGUUCAAAGAAAUUGUCGCGUUGGUUGGCAUGUCGACGAAGCCACUUCACACUCGUAGGCUGCAGAAAGCUUUGGUGGAAUGGAAAAGCAAACGAGGCAAUUCUCCAGAACGAAUCAGUCCUGGAUCUUGGAUGGAUAAGUGGACUUCUUCGUCUCAAGUCAGUCGAACUCCUCAAUCAAGUACAUCAUCGCCUGUUACUGCUGCAACAACGCCGACAAGUGCUGGACGAAAGCGGCGAGGCAGCUCUGGCGCCGGCAAAAGUGGUCCGGAGAAACGAGUUGUAGAGCUGAAGCUCCCGCCGAUGGAGGUCAUCAUCGACUGGGAAAAACUCGACCCUGAACGACAGCAGUUGAUCCGAGAUCAUUCGCGAAUUUACGGUCGAGAUAUCAAGAAACGCAAGACUAAUACGCUGAACUCACACGAACAAAUGAUCAAUGAAGCCGCAGCACAACUUUGUCUUCGAGAUCCGACACUUCUAGUUCGACGCGAUGAAUUGUUUACAAUGGCCAGGCGAGUUGUUCGUGACAGUGGUUUUACCUUUGUGCAUGGCCACUCAAGGUCCAAGUUUGUUUCCGAAUCAGAUGACGAGAUGGAUGGUGCAAAAAAGAAUCAAGUAUCUCAGGCAAACAAACUCAAAAGAGAGGAGCGAUUGAAUGAAAUUGAUGAUCUUAUGCAGAACAACAAAGAAUUACAAGAGCAAAUAAUGCAGAAACUGGAUGAAGCAAGAUCAUUAAAUGCAACUGCAGAGAUAACUGAGCUUCAGUCUGACCUCAAUAAGCUGCAGAGCCAACAAGUUUCAUUGCAGCUGGAACACAAAGAGUUGAAGAAAAAACAACGACGAUCAGAAAGAUAUUACACAAACAAACAAACCAAGGACUCAGGAUCACAGGGCAACAGUAUUCAGGACGAAGAAGUAGACAUGGUUGGUGAUGUAUCAUUACAGAGUGACCUCUCUGUGGAUGACCCCUCUGAAGAAGGUCUUCAUCCUGAGAAUGCAGAGGAGGAAGCACAGGUUACAACAGUGGAACAGUCCAGGACAGUGACAGUUCCUGAAGCUGUGGUCACUCAAAUAUUACCACCAGCUACAGGUAUCCCUACAACAUCGAGCAGUGCUUCAGUCAACCUUCCUCAGCGUCAAGAAGCACUGAACCCAGAAGAGGAGUCAUCAGUAAGGGCUCUGUACACUGCUUUCAUGCCACAGCACCUACAGACUGAAGUUGUUCAGCAAGUGCAACAGCAAGGAGAUGGAGGCCACAUUAUACCUGCAUAUUCCUCGGCACUUGUUAGUGCUGCUGUGUCAUCAGAUCCCACUAUCAAUGCCUUACUGAGUCUUGGUGCAAAGGAUAAGGUUCUGCUUCCAGGAAUGUUACCACCUGGUGUGUCUGUGGCUACAGUCCCAGUGACCACAGGUGUGCCUGUUGCAACAACAAGCAUGGCCCCUAAUAUCACUGUGGUGAUGCCUGGUCAGCCAAUGACAGGCAAUGUUCCCUGGUCCUAACUUGGCUCUGGCUAACAAGCUCUUCCAGCAAGGAGCUUAACAUGUAUAUACAGCAUUGACUGUGACUGUAUCUAAUUUAACCACUUGUUAGUGACAAUGACUAGAUAACCAGCAUAUGAUUUGUAUGUGGUGUGCAAUAUUAUUAAGGAAGUCAAACAUUUCUCUUUCCCUGGAAUUGUUUUCAGUCAAAUGCAGGGAAGAAUGUUACCUUCAGCCUCCUUGUUAAGACUUAAUAAUCUAACGUGUCUUUACUGCAGCAGUUUUUCCCAGUAUAUAGUGUACUCCUUCAAGAUGAGAAACUAAUCCAUUAUAAGGUAUCCCCAGGUUUUACCCAGUUGCCCCAGACAGUUUGCAAUCGGCAGGUUAUGGAACAGAAUAGUACAUGUUUAGUUUACAUGCACUGUAGUCACAGUAAACUCUGUUGAUAUUAAGAUGUGUCUGAGGUAAUUGUUGAAUAAGGCAAUUUUCUUUUUUUUUCACCAUUAGGUUACUUGUACAUUAUAGUGUUAGUGGUUAGGUUGAAGAAAUUCAGGAUACAUGUCGGUUGACAAUCUUGUUGAAUUAAGGAUAGAUGAAUGCGAAGGACGUUUUUUUAGGGGGAGGGGGUGGAGAGUCUUGUGAAAGUGGCUUGUUCAAGGUAGUCAACGAGAUAGUGAUUAUAUAAGGAUGUUUUGACUAAACAACAUAUCUGAUGUAUAUUUUGACGAUGUCAUUUGAUUUAUGGCAAUUAAAAGUUGUUACUGAACUAA